UUUCAAGCUCUCCUCCCCUCUUCCUACCAUUAGCAGUAGCCACAGCCAGAACACCAGCAGACAGCAGCAUCAGCAGGGAGGAACACGAUGAGCGGCGCCGGUCCGGAUCUGCAGCUGCCACCGGGGUUCCGGUUCCACCCGACGGACGAGGAGCUGGUGAUGCACUACCUCUGCCGCCGCUGCGCCGGCCUGCCCAUCGCCGUCCCCAUCAUCGCCGAGAUCGACCUCUACAAGUUCGACCCAUGGCAGCUCCCAAGGAUGGCGCUGUACGGCGAGAAGGAGUGGUACUUCUUCUCCCCGCGGGACCGCAAGUACCCGAACGGGUCCAGGCCCAACCGCGCCGCCGGGGCUGGGUACUGGAAGGCCACCGGCGCUGACAAGCCCGUGGGCACGCCCAAGCCGCUGGCCAUCAAGAAGGCGCUCGUCUUCUACGCCGGCAAGGCGCCCAAGGGCGAGAAGACCAACUGGAUCAUGCACGAGUACCGCCUCGCCGACGUCGACCGCUCGGCGCGCAAGAAGAACAGCCUCAGGUUGGAUGACUGGGUCCUGUGCCGCAUCUACAACAAGAAGGGCGGCGGGCUGGAGAAGGCGGCGGCGCCGGCGGCCGGCGGCGACCACAAGCCUGUGUUCGCCACGGCGGCGGUGAGCUCCCCGCCGGAGCAGAAGCCGUUCGUGGCGGCGGCGGGCGGGCUGCCCCCGGCGUUCCCGGAGCUGGCGGCGUACUACGACCGGCCGUCGGACUCGAUGCCGCGGCUGCACGCGGACUACUCCAGCUGCUCGGAGCAGGUGCUGUCCCCGGAGCAGCUGGCGUGCGACCGGGAGGUGCAGAGCCAGCCCAAGAUCAGCGAGUGGGAGCGGACCUUCGCCUCCGACCCCGUGAACCCCGCGGGCUCCAUGCUCGACCCCGUCGUCGGCCACGCCGGCGGCGACCCGCUGCUGCAGGACAUCCUCAUGUACUGGGGCAAGCCGUUCUAGACGACACCGCCCAUCAUGUCCUGAGGGGAGGUGGGGGUGGCGAAGCAUCCUCGGCUGCGGUUGGUUGGUUGAUUGAUCUGUCUUGGGCAGCGCAAUGCAAUGCAACCGCACGGUGUGGGCUUUGACUCAGGCGAGCCGCCAUUGUUGACUUGCAAGGAGGAUAUAAUAUGAAACUAUAGCUGGAUUACAUGGAGAGGCGGCAAUGAGACCGUCUGGCCCCGCCGGAAGGGAGACGGAGACGGAGACGGAUGGCGCAGUGCAUCGGGUGUGGUGGAUCGUGCGCGGCAUGUGUGUGUGUGGCUGUACAUAUACAUACUGUACAUGAUUGGUUCAGUGCAGGGUUUCUGUUCCUUCAUUGAUUAGUUAUUAUACUAAUAAGUACUAGUAAUUUUGUAAGGGCUUGUAGUUGCAGUCUCCGUACUGGUGGUAGGUAGUGCAGGCCAUAUUCGUCAUCGCCAAGCUUCGAGUGUACUUACUCCUACAAUAUA